AUGAAGUUCUCCAACACCCUUCAAGCUUUCACCCUUGCCAUUGCUGGCCUUGCCCAGGCACUUCCCUAUGGCUGGUACGAAGGAACCACGCUUUCGAAUGGCACCAUGGAAGCCAAGCCUCUCGGUGCCAGCGACACCAAGCUCUUCACCAUCGAGCCAUCCGCGGACUGGGAGAACUCCGUCAGCGAGCGAAGCGUCGAUGGUGGUGAACCUGUCUCUCGUCUUGGUAGACGGUCCACCUCCUGCUGGGGCUCAGCUCUGGACCGAGCCGGCACCGAUGCCGCCGUCUCGGCUUGGAAGAACAAGGUCGGACCAACUGGAGCCUUUGCUCUCCGUUCCGGCAGCAAUCUAAAGGCUAUCUGGUUCAUUCGAAGCAGCAUCUCUGCAAGUACAAUCAGAUUAAUAAACUAUUUAACCUAA